GGUGUUCCAGGAGCUAGGGGGCGCUGUUGUCGACUGCCGGUCCCGAGGUCUCCUGGACGUGCCCACUCACGAGAUCCCACAGAACGCUGUCAAGCUGUACCUCGAUGACAACUCCAUUGACCAGCUACGUGACAACUGCUUUGGCCAACUUCACAUCUAAAGGCUCUCACCAUCUCUCGAAACCAUCUCAAGCAAAUAAGUCGUUGUGCCUUCUUUGGACUGGCUGGUUUGGAACUGCUAGACCUGGAGAAGAAUCAUCUCGACCUCAAUGUGUCCAUGUGGGAAAAUGAACUCUUCACAGGUGUGUCUCAACUGAGAACUCUUAACUUAUUGGACAGCAAAAAUGGUGGCCGUCAAAGUGAGUUUCAUAGCCGCUUACUGAGUGGAAUUCAUAGUUUAGACACUGUCUCUGGAUACAUUCUAUGGGAAUCUCACUUUUGGCUUGCUGUUCGUUAAUAUGACGUCACUAGAUCAUCUCACUUUAAGCGGGAGUGUUAGCACGUUCGUGAAUAACUCAUUUCAAAGUCUUCAAACUCUCGGACUUUAGGUACUUAUCAUUAACGAUGUCAAUAAUUUACAUACAAUAGAACUAAAUGGCUUCCAACAUUUUCAUAAUCUCCUGUCGCUAAGAAUUACUUCGACAGGACAAAGUAUAGAAGGCACAAUACGAAGCUUGUACUCGUUUCGAAAUCGUUCCAUGAAGACCUUGUACUCUCAAGAUAUUAGCAAAUCUCAGUUCAUGGGCGGGGUUUCUAAGUGUUCUGACAGUGUGAUAGACGCUUUAAAGGCGGAAUUUUUGUCCCAGAUCUGUGAGGAAAAUUUCUACUUAAUGAACAGUAAGUUGAGUAAGGUGUUCGUUGUGGAGGGCAACUCACUGACUGGACCUCUGUUGCAGAAAUGUCUCGAGACUUUGGAUGUGUUAAAUAAUCCUCUGAUCGGAGAUCGGAUUACCCUUUGGCAAUUUCAGAGAUUCAAAAGCUUUCAAAGUUUUCAAUGCAGCGAAUCGAAAAGACACCUCAUUCGCGUCGCAAAGGUGGAGCAAUAAUCUUGUUACUGGAGCUAGAUCAUGCAGACAGAUACGUGAGGAUAAUGUUGCACUCACAACAACCGAUGUUUCAGAGUCAGGUCCCAUCAGAUCUUUUCCAACUGAUAUAGCUGAGAGCAGAAAUCUUGAGGCAUUCACAAGCAGUAAACUGGAGGAAUCCUCACAAAGCACAAGUUACUAGUAUGGGAACAUGGACAAUUCUCAACAAUGCGAGACACCCCCAGGCGAAAAAAUCUCAACGAUAUAAGUGUGUUUUCCAAAGACUCUCGAGGUGGUUCACUUGGAGAGUUUAAGCAGCAGCAUGGGACCUGCUACUAAAGACAUAACAGUGACAUGCGGAGAAAAUCUACGAGAAGUCUACAUAUCUGGGAACAAUUAGCAUCCUUUUUCUGGGACCAUCAAAGGCUUCAGUGGUCUCGAGAUUUUGGACUUUUCCUACAACGACUGGUCUGACAUGUCCCCAGUGUUUUUUCAGUCCCUGACAAGCGUGAAAACCCUCAAGAUGAGAGGGACUCUGUUAGACAGCAUGUUUAUGUCCAGACAUAGCGAGCAGUUGUUCCGAUAUCUGACACAACUCAGGUCUCUGGACUUGUCCAACAAUCAGCUAAAACUUCUUGCCAGAGGCACUUUUAAGAACAACUUUCAGCUUCAGACCCUAAACUUAGCAAAUAAUGGGUUCACAACAAUCCCUCUGGACUUGACUCUUCGGCCCAAUCUGACCUACUUAGACCUCAGCGCGAACUCCAUUUCUCAACUGGGCGUGAAGGACAUGCAGUUAGUCGAACAACACGCUAGCACAGUCACAGAGUUCUCACUCCACCUAACGGGAAAUAUUAUGGUGUGUAUUUGCUCCAGUAUCCCGUUCUUCACCUGGCUCCAGAACACAAAGGUCAGCUUGGACAGACGCAUGACCUACAGCUGUCUCACGGAGAAUGGGACGCUGACCACUCUGACGUCAGAGCUCUGUGGCGGAAGUGUCAGGGGCAAACCGCUCUCCUGCUUUCUGUUAUCCUCCUGUGCCUCGUGUCUCAUGGAUCUGUGGUGACCAUUUUGUGUUGGAAGUUGAAAACACGACUCAAGUCUUUCAUCUACAGGGUUUUCCUUCAAAGUUUCGUCCUUCAAGGCCCAC